CAAAUAGAGUAGAAGAAUCGGACAUAGGGCUCAUUGAAGUUUCUUUGGAGCUUCUUGAAUCUUGAGUCCCUACACUUUGCUUCACUCACUCACUCGCUCACUCAGAAAUCAGAAUCCAAUCAACUCAAUCUUAAUUUCACAUUACCCAAAACACGUGCUCUGUUCUUGGAGUAUUCCCUACCAAAAUCUUCCCUUUUUUCUCGGUCUUGUGCAUUUCCCUCCAAACCCCAAUUCACGUUUUGCCCCCAAUUCCAAUCCCUUUCUUCUUGUUCACCCUUCUCAUUCAUGUGCUUUGGGAUUACAUACUCUCACAAAUCUUACUGAUUUCUCUUAAAGGUACUUCCUUUUCUUGUUACACUCCCUCUUUCCCGUUUAUUACAGUGUUUUUUUUUUAUUUUUUUUUUAUUUUAUCAUUUUUCAGAUCUAUAAAUCCUUUUAUUUUCUAAAACAAUUCAUCUUAACCAACGAUCCGAUCUUUUUGACAUUUUAAUUUAUCUGGGUUUUAAUUUUUUCACAUUUUGUACAAAUUUUUUUGGUUUAAAUUGGGAAAAAUGGAAGAGGGUGAUAGUAAAAUCAGUUUAGGAAGAUUGUCAAUUGAAGGAUCUAGAAAUACCCAGUUGGAAAACCCGAUUUAUUCUGAUAGAGAUUAUCAAUUUCGUUCAAUGAAUGCAUUGGAAAUUUUGAGAGAAACAGUGAGAAUUCUGAGGUAUAAUUGUGUAGGAUUUAUGGCAAUUGCAGCUUUAUUAAUUUGUCCUGUAUCUGCUAUUCAAUUAUCAAAUUUGUUAGUUGAUCAUACUAUUGUUAGGAGAUUAACCAUGAGGCUAUUAUUGAUUGCUAGAACUAGUGGAUUACCUCUUAAUACUAUUGUUAAGCAAUCUUGUCAAAGGUUUUCUGAAAUGGCUAUAUCUAAUGCUGUGUGUUUCCCUUUCUAUAUCUCGUUAUCGCUCAUGUCGAAAGCUGCUGUUGUGUACUCGGUUGAUUGUACAUACUCUAAGAAGCAAUUUGAUGCUUCUAAGUUUUGUGUGAUAGUUAGGAAGUUAUGGAGGCGGGUUGUUGCAACUUACAUUUGGUCUUGUAUGGUGAUAGUUGGGGUUGUUGCUUUGUUCCUUGUACUUCUUGUGGUAGUUUGCAAUGUGUUUUUGAUCAUCGGGUUGAUCCCUGAUUUAGUCGUCUAUCCGGACAUUAUUGUUGGGCUAGUUUUCUCUAUAGUGUUUGCGAAUGCGAUUAUUAUCUGCAAUGUAUCGGUGGUGAUCUCGGUUUUGGAGGAUGCUUGUGGUCCUCAAGCAUUGUUAAGGUCUAGUGUCUUGAUUAGGGGUCAAACUCAGGUGGGUCUUCUUAUGUAUUUGGGAUCGACGAUGGGAAUGGCGUUUGUGCAAGGAUUGUUUGAGCAUAGGGUUAAGACAUUGAGCUAUGGAGAUGGGUCUUCUAGAAUAUGGGAAGGUCCUCUUUUGGUGAUCAUGUAUUCCUUUGUGGUGCUUAUUGACUAUAUGAUGACAGCAGUUUUCUAUUUUAGCUGCCGGUCUUACAGUAUGGAAGCGGCUGAUGGGGAAGCUCAACCGAUUUUGGAAAUGGCUACUGCGACCCCUAAGGCGAACACUGUCGAUUGUGAGGAUGUAGAUGGUUGAACAUGGAAUAAAAAUGAGGUCGUUUCGUUACAUAUCGACUCGUGGAAUAGAUUGUCUUAGACGGUUUUGAUUAUCUAAUGUAGAAUUUAGGAGCUGGAACUUUCUGGAUCCUGACUUGGUGAGCUAUGAACAUAAAGGAUGACAUACAUUCAGAAAUCUUGCUGCUGCAGAAUGGUAACUUUGUCCUAUAAAGUUAUGCAGCAAAAUACAAUUUUUUCAGAGUAUGUGGUAAAUUAUAGUAUUCCCCAUGAUCAAUUUAGUAUAAAUGUAUGUUUAUUGGCAUCUAUAUAUAAAGUAGGAGUAUUAUUACCCAAUUUGUUACUAUUACUCCUUGAAUUUGCUGCAUAACACUUGUGUUUGGUAAACGACUUUUUCGUUAGCUUCAUUGUUGGCUUUCGGAUUUUUUGGUUGGUCAAACAAACAAAAAAAAUGUGUUCGGUAAUUGACUUUUUAAGACGGUUGAAAAGCUGAUUUUAAAGUUAAUAUUUUAAAAAUAUUGUGAGCUUUUGGUUGCUUUACCAACUUUUGGUUUCUUCGACCAAAAAUCUCCGUAACAGCUUAGAUCAAACAGUUUGUAUCUCGGUCAAUAAUUUUGGCCAACCACGUCAUUUGCCAAACAAAUCCUACAUCUAAAGAGCUUCCAUUCGAUUUGAGUUAUGCUGCAAAUUCAACGAAACGGAGGAGUUGUGAUUGCAUGCUUCCUUUAACUGGUUUUGCUCAUUGUUGAAUCUCAAAUCUGAGUUAUUGGGGAUGAGGAUAAUCAUCAAUGGAAGGUCUUUACAUGACAUGAAAACUCCUACUUUUUAGUUAGAUACUCACAAAUUUUUGAUCUCAUGAAGGAUGUAAUUUUUUUUAAUGCCAAUCAAGAAUUCAUGUUCUAAUAAUGCGAUCUUAUCGUCAGAUGUUUUGUGGCUGAUCUUGUGAUGUACUAUAAUGGCUGAAUGAGCUAGAGUGUGUAAUCAUACUUCAUAGGCACUGUGGAUCUAUUAUCUAUAUCUUGUAUUUAUAUGGAGUAUUAGAAAGAACAAUACGAGAUGGUACCCUGAACAGAAAUGGAAAUGGAAACUGUAAAAAUGUUAUUUUAGAGUUUUGGGAGCGAAGGGCCGAAGGCUUCCUCCACUUGCAUUCAAAAAACGUGCAAAAUAAAAGUGGAACAUAAUGUUGUGUCGGAGGAAGUAUUGAUUUUCUCAUAUUGGAUGUCUCCAACACCAAGGAAUCCAAAAACCAAGCUAACUUCUUGUCACCAAGUUUCUUCUUGGGGAUUAUUUAUUUAUCAUGUAAUUAUCAUAAAUUUUGGGCAUA